AUGAGCGGUCCCAAGGAUGAGACAAGGUCCCAGUGUCUCGGGGACAACAAGGUCUUUGACGAGCAGCCGCCGGCCGCAGCUGGGGCGCGGGGGAGGCCUGCGAUCGGGGUGUGGAGCCCCGGGAUCUUCUCCGUGCGGGAGCUGGGUGCCCGGGCGCGGGCGGGGAGCCCCGCAGGCCCUCAGCAGGCGGGAGCGGCGCGCGCCGUCCUUGAAGGGUUGCCCGCUGACCUUGCUCCGCUUUCUCCGGAGAGAUCUCCGGCGCGCGAGGACGCGGCCACCGCGGGGACUCCGUGCCCUGCGGCCGCCGGCAAACGCUCGCUUGCAGCCUGCCCAGCGCCGCAGCCGCCGCCUCCCCUUCCUGCCCGCGUUUAUGAUUCCAAGGUUCAGCCCCGGCUUUUUCCGCUGCACCCCGCCCCCUCCGCGCAGCCCGCCUGUCGUUCGCCAGCCCUUGCGGGUGUUCUGGCCCCCGCCUCGCGUCCGCAGAAGCGGAGGCCCACCUCGCGCCGCCUGGGUGCGGGCGCAGGGGCCGGCCGGGGCGCUCCCGGGGGCAGGGCACGGCGCCCCGCGACCGCGAUCCCAAGCCCGACCGCAGGGGGCGGCGCGCCGCGCUCCCGGGUGCGCCAGGGCCCCGCUCCCCAUUGGUCGUCAGCUCGGCGGGAGGGGCCGCCCCGGGCCCCCGGCACCUGGAGCCGCUUCUCCGCAGGGGAACCGGCGGCUGCCGGGCUCGGGCGCCCGGAGGUAAAGGCGCGCGGAGGGCAGGCCCGCGGCUGCGGCCGAGCUCCCGCGACCAGCCCUGCCCUGCGCUGCGCUGCGCUGCGCUGCCCUGCGCUGCCCUGCCCUGCCCUGCCCUGCCCUGCCCGCCGCGCUCGGAUGCCCCCUGCGCCCGCCCCGCCGCGCGGGAACUUCGCCCCGCCGCGUCCCCCGCCCGCCUAG